GAUUGGCUGGCCGUCACGUGACCUCACAGCUGAUUUGGUUGGAUGAGGUGUUUUUGUUCAUCAUCUCAUGAAGCCAUUUCUGGUUAGCAUCUCCGUGUGUCUCUCAUCAGUCGUCGUCUAACAUGGAGCAGGCAGCUCAGGCGGCUCAGCCGAACUCUCUGGACCCGAACAACAGCUCUCAGAUCACGGUGGAACACGACCGGAAGAGGCGGCAGUUUGUCAUCAGACUGAACGGUGAGUGGACAUGUAAACAUGAACAUGCUAACAUGCUAAAGCUAGCUGGGCUGCAGAUUUCCUGACUGUGAACAUCGACGCUGUUUCCUCUAAAAUAAACAAUCAUGAGAAUUCAGACCGAGAGGAGGGUAAAGAUUCACAGAUUAGAGAUGUCAGGGUGAUAAUCCGGGUUAGAUUAGAGUCUGAGGGUCUGAAAAAGGCCUGAGUGUUUAAUCUGGAACUACAAUCAGCUGUUUUUAAAUGUAAACAAAGAUCCUGUUUACUAAAGUUCAUCAGCUGUUCUUUAAUGUAAACAAAGAUCCUGUUUACUAAAGUUCAUCAGCUGUUCUUUAAUGUAAACAAAGAUCCUGUUUACUAAAGUUCAUCAGCUGUUUUUAAAUGUAAACAAAGAUCUUGUUAAUGUAAUUCUAUGGAAAUAGUUUCAGAUUUUCUGUUUGACUAUUUUUUUUACAUAGUACAUGAAGACUCAGGUGUGUAUGUGUGUGUGUGUGUGUGUCCAGGUAAACUCAGGUGAGCGGUCAUGUGUGUGUGUGUGUGUGUGUGUGUGUGUGUGUGUGUGUGUCCAGGUAAACUCAGGUGAGCGGUCAUGUGUGUGUGUGUGUGUGUGUGUGUGUGUGUGUGUGUGUGUGUAUCCAGGUAAACUCAGGUGAGCGGUCAUGUGUGUGUGUGUGUGUCUUAUUCAGAGCUCUGAGAUGUUGUUACAGGUUGAAGUCAUUCCUCCCUGAACAAAGAUCUUUAUCAGUGUUUCUCCACCUUGUUACACCAUCCAUGUCUCUACACACAAGCUCCUGUCUGUCAGUGUGUGUCAGUGUCAGUGUGUGUCUGUGUCAGUGUGUGUCUGUGUCAGUGUGUGUCUGUGUCAGAGUGUGUCAGUGUCAGUGUGUGUCAGUGUCAGUGUGUGUCUGUGUCAGUGUGUGUCAGUGUGUGUCAGUGUCAGUGUGUGUCUGUGUCAGUGUCAGUGUGUGUCUGUGUCAGUGUGUGUCUGUGUCAGUGUCAGUGUGUGUCUGUGUUAGUGUGUGUCAGUGUGUGUCUGUGUCAGUGUGUGUCUGUGUCUGUGUCUCUUUCAGUGUGUGUCAGUGUCAGUGUGUGUCUGUGUCAGUGUGUGUCAGUGUCAGUGUGUGUCUGUGUCAGUGUGUGUCUGUGUCUGUGUUAGUGUGUGUCAGUGUGUGUCUGUGUCAGUGUGUGUCUGUGUCAGUGUGUGUCUGUGUCUGUGUCAGUGUGUGUCAGUGUGUGUCUGUGUCAGUAUGUGUCUGUGUCAGUGUGUGUCAGUGUGUGUCUGUGUCAGUGUGUGUCAGUGUCAGUGUGUGUCUGUGUCAGUGUGUGUCAGUGUCAGUGUGUGUCUGUGUCAGUGUGUGUCAGUGUCAGUGUGUGUCUGUGUCAGUGUCAGUGUGUGUCUGUGUCAGUGUGUGUCAGUGUCAGUGUCAGUGUGUGUCUGUGUCAGUGUGUGUCUGUGGCUGUGUCAGUGUGUGUCAGUGUGUGUCUGUGUCAGUGUGUGUCUGUGUCUGUGUCAGUGUGUGUCAGUGUGUGUCUGUGUCAGUAUGUGUCUGUGUCAGAGUGUGUCAGAGUGUGUCUGUGUCAGUGUGUGUCAGUGUCAGUGUGUGUGUGUGUCUGUGUCAGUGUGUGUCUGUGUCUGUGUCAGUGUGUGUCAGUGUGUGUCUGUGUCUCUGUCAGUGUGUGUCUGUGUCAGUGUGUGUCAGUGUGUGUCUGUGUCAGUGUGUGUCAGUGUCAGUGUGUGGUGAGUUACUCAUACUUCUCUCAUUUAGCAGACAUGAAAAAAUCCCCUCGUCGAUCAAAGAUCUCCUCUGAGUCCGUCUGUUAAAAACGUCCUCAGAAACCUCGGCGUCGUUUCUGACCGAGUCUUUAUUCCAGACAGCUGAGAGAGAUCUCUUACAUGAGGAGAAUGUCGUCCAGACCAGAUCUUGAAUUGAUCAUUCAAGUGUUUAUCUCAUCCUGUAUUGAUUACUCUAAUUCUCUGUUCAUUUGUUUUAAUAAAGCACCGAUAAAGAGACUUCAGUUUGUCAAAAGACGUCUGACAGACACGCCCAAACCCGCUCACAUCACCCCGUCUUAUCGCGUCUUCAUCGACUAACGCUCAAUUGUCAUAAUUAUUUUAAAAUGUUAGUUCUGAUUUUGCGGUGGCUGCAUGGUCAGGCCCCCCAGUACCUCACUGAUCUGUUGUGCCCCUGCUCCUCUGGGCGCCCCCUUCGGUCGUCAGGCCAGAACCUCCUAAAGGUGCCAAAGACCCGUUUUAAAACUCCGGUUUUUAAGACUGUAGCCCCCAGACUCUGGAACAAUCCGCUCCUCUCCCUCCGUUUGAUCGACUCGGUGGAAACUUUAAAAAAUCAGUUGAAGACUUUUUUAUUUAGACGAACUUUAAUGAACAGAGUUUGUUUGUCUCUUUUAUACCUGCACUUAUCUCCGUACUCACCUGUACUCGUGUUUGUGUGUGUGUCUGUACUUUUCUUUUGUACCGUUUAUUUUUGUCUAAUGACUUAUUUUCUGUUCAUCACUUUGUGGUUCUGAUCUGUGAAAGGCGCUCUGUAAGUAAACUUUACUCACUAACAUGUUUUAGUUCUCUGUGGGAGUUAUGAAUGCAGCCUGAUCAAUACUCCAGCCCAGAGCUCUUCCAUGACUUCGAUGAUGAAAGGUCGGGAUGACAUGUUUUGGUCGACUAUUCGAACAGCCAAUGAAAAGGGGAGUUUCUCUAUGUCCGCUUCACUCUGAACCAAUCAUGUUCUGAAUUAGAAGCACGUAUCAAACAGCUGCGUCGUAGCAGAGUGGUGUUCACUGAAAAUGAUGUAGAGUUAAAUUUCAUCUCAGAGGAACAUGAACUAGUGUUUUUUUAUAUCCUGAUGAACUUGCUCCCGUCUCGCCCGGCCCUGUUUCAGGAUCACUCAGUAAAUCAGGAGGAGGAUUUUUGACCCGGUUGUUAGACAGAUGGUCGACUCUCAGAUUUACCAAACUCCACUUCAUUUGAGGUGAAAGUUUUAGUUUUAUUUUUACUCUCAUCAGCGUCGCCCUCUUCAUCUAACAGUGGAGGAAACUUUGAGAGGAGACGAACUUUACAGCAGAGAGAAAACUGAGACUUCUUUCUGCCCUCAGGUUCUCAUGAUCGGGCCGUUCUUCUGUACGAAUACGUGGGGAAGAAGACGGUGGACCUGCAGCACACUGAGGUCCCUGACGCUUACAGAGGGAGAGGAAUAGCCAAACACUUGGCCAAGGUAAAACUGUAGAAAACCAGAAACCAGAGUUCAUCUGAGUGACAGGAGAGGAGGUUCAGAUUUAGUGGUGUGUAGAUGAAAAUACAGUUUAAGAGUCAUCAGAGAGAGAUUUCCUUUUUUAUCUCUGAACACGUCGAGUUUAAACCGACUUUUAAAGAAAAGAGCGUCUGAGGUUCCUGUUUCAUGUGUGUUUGUCUCUGUGACGGCAGGCAGCCAUGGACUUCGUGGUGGAGGAGGAUCUGAAAGCCCACCUGACCUGCUGGUACAUUCAGAAGUACGUCAAAGAGAACCCCCAGCCUCAGUACUUUGAACAUAUUUAUCAAUGACCCGACUCAGCGCUCAGACGGACAGACGGACUCCUGAGCUGUUACACGCCGAGACACAAAAACCAUGACUUUAAAGACUCCAGAGACACGCGGUCUGACCGAGGGGAGGUCUGUGAGCUCAGUGAGGGGGCGAGUUUUUCUAUAAACGGACACAGAGACGAUCAGCUGAUCACAACCUGAAAAAAACACAAGCAAAUAAAGGAACCUGAGCUGAACCCCUGAGACAGAAACGCUCCGAUAACUGAGCGGAAGUGAAGGAGACCAGCCGGGAGUCGAACCUUUGGAUGAAAAUUCUUCCUCCUGCCCUCGCUGGUUCAAGAUGGCGUCCGGUGGUGUCUGAAGAAAGGUCAAAAAACCUUCACUGACGCUCCAGCUCUGAUGAACCUUCUGUCCUCUUCUUUACGUUUCUAAAAGAGCUCCUCCUCAGCGGCUGAAAUGCUGACGGAGUUGACUGAACAGCUGACGUUGUCUCUGAAACAUCAGGAGGUUCUUUUUUUUUGGGGGGUGGGGUUUGUUAAAAAUUAGGGUUUGUAUUUUGAAGACUCUCUCGUUCUGCUCAGUGACAGAAGUUUCCUCUUCGUCGUCGUUUGUAUCCGGAGUCGAUCAGGGAAAGGUGCAGGGAUCUGAAAACCAAAGAGAAAACACUGAGUCGUCCUAACGUCUCCAUCGUCUGUGUUCAACCUUACAGGAACCUGAUGGACGGGCGCCGAAGCUCGAGGGGCGAAUAUUUCUGCUCAAACCAGCAUUUUGAGAAACAGCACUGUUACAUUCAGGGCGGAGCGCUCCGAGUUUACAGACCGUCUUUGAUGUUUGUCUUUAUCACGGCGUCACUGAUAUCGAGAAGAUAAAGGAGGAAAACUUGAACUGACACCAACGCGCUCACUGUGGUCUCCUUUUUUUGCUGUCGACAAUCGAAAGCAGAGAAAACUCCCUCAGGUUACUCGACGCUCUGUCAGGGUGAUCAUCUCUGUCUGCUUCAAUCAUCUGAAGGUUACUGCAGGAAACUCCGUUCACCUGUUUUUGUUUUUAGGUGAUGCACCUGCUCCUUAUUCUUGUUUAUAUUUGUGUUUUUGCCUAAAAGGACGUCUGGAGCUGCUGCUGCUGCUGCUGCUGCUGCCUCCACCAAACUGUAACAUCCUUGUUCUGUUGUUUGUGCUCGAGACUUUUGUUGUCGUCUAUCAAUAAAGAAAUAAGUUUUCAUCAAAUCCCAGAACAUUUUAUAAAAACGUACGUUAAAGAAUAUGAGUGACAGUCCUGCUUGAUUUUACCGAUGUUGGUUUUCUUUUUGCCUUCAGGAGGAUUAAAGUCUCAGCCUCUCCGCUCUUUAAUGAGAAGUUUAAUAAGAUUAAAAACUGAGUUCAUAAGUUUAGAGAAAUACUUGAUACCUUUAAGUACCAUGAAAAAUGACUCAAGCAGAAGUUACUCACUGUUAAAAAGGUAAUUUGCUGCCGCCUGGUGGUUGUAAUUAGAAUGACACUAACUCAAGGUUAAAGACAGUUUUUCAGUUCCACUCUGAUUUUAAGUAAACUGAUGAUAUUUAAUGAUGGGAUUUUUCACCCUAAUACGUAUUUAACUGACCCUCAAAUAAACACAAACAUAUUAAUGUGA